AUGACAAUGGAUGACGAAACAUCAUUUAUCGCUCUCUCUCCUACUGUAAAUUCAGAGAUUUUUUGCAGUGAAGAAGGACAACACCCCGCAUCCUUCUUUGUGAGUGUAAAUCCUACAAAAGCAGAGAAUGUAAAGAAAAAAGAAUCCACGCCAGACCCCGUUUGUGUGAAAUCAGAGAAGAAGGAGAAGAAGCAGCGAGGGACCACAUUAGUCAGAAAAUCAUCUCAACAAGAAAGUAAGAAAAAGGAACCUUCUAUUCAUAUGAAGAGGAAGUCCUCCUCUUUGAUUCCACACGAAAAGACACACAUCCUCUUCCCUGCGGCAGAAGAAGAAAUGGAAGAAAUACCUGCAGGUGGAAUAGAAGAAGAAGAAGAAGAAGAGGAAAAAGAGAAAGAAGGACCAAUAGAAAUAAGAGUGGUGGAAAAGGAAGAAAGUGGAAAAAGAACGACGUUCGUUCCUACAAAUACACAUGGUGAGUCCUUUUCUGUGCGGUGGUAUCAACUUGGGACACCGUUACUCGCCACACGUGUGCGGGAACUCUUCAAUCGCCCAUUGUUUAAUUGUCAUUUCAACACAGAAUCUCUUCUUGAUACUAAUUCUAAUAAUAAUAAUAAUAAUAAUAAUAAUAAUAAUAAUAAAACUAUUUCAUCUUCAUUGCCGUGUUCAACCUCCAUGGAUGAAGUUUCCUUAUUAUCAUGUGCUUCUUCCAAGUUAUUAUCCAUGCCAUUAAAUAGUGUUCUUAGUCAUGCGGAUGAGGAGGCACUCUCAUGGCUUUUUCCAGCCAUUCAUAAUGGAGAGUGGUUCCACACAGCAUGGCAAUUCAUUGAUCAUUGUAGAAGUAUUCCACAUAAACUGCUUUGUGAGGGUAUUCCACUUUUCCCAUUAGUGCGUUCUCAUGGAUGGAGUGAUGGUACAACAACAACAACAACAACAACCCCGUGUGCUGUAACAGAAAAGAAAUCUACAUAUACAGAGUUAAAUGAUGAGAAUGAUUACAGUAAAGAGAAAAAAGAACAACAACAACAACAAGAACCAGAAGAAGAGAAAGAUCAGUUGAAUGACUAUUACUGGUGGUUUAUGCAUAUUCAUACUGCUAUAAUGCGAUAUGGGUUGGAGGAGUGGUUUCCAUGCGUUUCAUUAGAGUGUAUAAAGACAUCAUUCCAUUUACAAUCCAUAGGCACCGCAUGGAGUAGUUGCCGUGUAUUUCAAAUGGCUGUUGCUUAUUCUUUGGCACAUUAUUUGGUAUCCACAUCCUCAUUUUCUUCUUCU